AUGCCCGCGCGUUCAAGUAUAUAUAUUGAAUUAUAUACUCCGGCGGCAGAGAAACAGGAGGCGAUCAGAAUGUCACUACAUACUGGAGGACAUCGACAUGGAGAUGAUGCAGGAUCGGUUUAUGGAUCGACUGUGAGCUCGAGUAGUAGUGCUUCUUGUGGUAAAGAUGGAAGUGAAAAUCCGAUGGAGAAAGUCGGGGCGAGACAUUCUUCAACUGUAGACCAGGGAAAAUCGGUGGGAAUUAAGGUUAGCGGGAGUGCGUAA